AAAGUCAAGAGUGUCGCAAACCACACAUAUAUCAUCACAAACGCACAUAUCUCCUUUAAUGCUCUCUCUUUAUUCUCACCAAACCAGACCAGAAAUUCUCUGAGUUGGCUUGUUGAUAACAAAACAGAGAUCGAUGGAUGCAGUUGAGGUAGUUAGCAGACACCACAAGCGUUUGCGUUCCCCCGCCGCUUCUCAGUGCUCUUCCUCUGUUGUCAAGCACAUCAAAGCCCCUGUGGAUAUUGUGUGGUCACUCAUCAGGAGGUUUGAUCAACCUGAGAAGUACAAGCCCUUUGUUAGCAGGUGCAUCGUCCUGGGGGACCUGAUGAUCGGGAGUGUUCGGGAGGUGAACGUCAAAUCAGGUCUUCCCGCCACAACAAGCACCGAAAGAUUGGAGCUUCUUGAUGAUACUCACCGCAUCCUCGGAGUUGCCAUUGUUGGCGGUGAUCACAGACUUAAGAACUAUUCUUCAGUCAUUACUGUCCAUCCGGAAGUGAUUGAUGGUAGAGCUGGAACCCAAGUCAUCGAAUCAUUUCUUGUGGAUGUUCCUCAAGGCAACACUAAAGACGAAACUUGCUACUUCGUUGAGGCUCUCAUCAACUGCAAUCUCAAAUCAUUGGCUCAAGUCUCGGAGAGGAUGGCGAUGCAGGAUCUGCUUAAAGUUUGAUUAGGAUGUGGCUUCAGAUUUGAGUGGGAUGGCCAUGCUGGAUCGUCCACAAGUCUGAGUCUGAGUGCAUACAUCAUAAAUAUGGAUUACUAGUGUAUAUUUGGAAAGCACUGAUCUCUAGUGUGAGUGCAUUAUGUGCCUUGGUUUUAUGUGGACUGUGGUUUUGUUUCCCAAGUCUUGUACGUACUACUUUACAGACUCAGUGGUGUAGUAUUUUCUUUCAGCUGCUUAUUUACAAUUAAAAGGUUCUAAUACUACACCGAUAGAUGAUCUUUUGACAUUAA